AUGGCUUCUCAGAAAAUCUUGUUUUGUCUCUCUCUUCUGAGUCUCCUUCUUGUAGCCAAUGCUCUCAAUGUCUCUCACGAUGGACGAGCCAUUAUCAUCGAUGGCCAACGUCGAGUUCUUAUUUCUGGCUCUAUUCAUUAUCCCAGAAGCACACCACAAAUGUGGCCCGACUUGAUUGAAAAAGCCAAAGAAGGAGGGGUAAAUACGAUAGAGACUUAUGUGUUUUGGAAUGCACAUGAACCAGUUCGUCGACAGUAUGAUUUUUCUGGGAAUAAUGAUCUUGUCAGAUUUCUCAAGACCAUCCAUGAAGCUGGACUUUAUGCUAUUCUUCGAAUUGGUCCUUAUGUUUGUGCUGAAUGGAACUAUGGGGGUUUUCCCGUGUGGUUGCAUAAUUUGCCUGGUAUUGAGAUGAGGACAGCAAAUAAUGUGUUCAUGAAUGAGAUGCAAAAUUUCACCACCUUGAUCAUAAAUAAGAUCAGUGAAGAGAAACUUCUUGCUUCACAAGGUGGUCCCAUAAUUAUCGCCCAGAUUGAGAAUGAGUAUGGGAAUGUUAUGGAUCCUUAUGGAGAAGCUGGUAAGGUGUAUAUAGAUUGGUGUGCAUCAAUGGCAGAGUCUUAUAAUAUUGGAGUUCCAUGGAUCAUGUGCCAACAAAGCGAUGCUCCUCAACCAAUGAUCAAUACAUGUAAUGGUUAUUAUUGUGACCAAUUCACACCCAAUAAUCCCAAUAGCCCUAAGAUUUGGACUGAGAAUUGGGUAGGAUGGUUUAAAAGCUGGGGAGGUCAAGAUCCACAUAGAACAACUGAAGAUGUUGCCUAUGGUGUAGCCAGAUUCUACCAAACUGGAGGAACCUUACAAAACUACUAUAUGUAUCAUGGUGGAACCAACUUCGGUAGAACUGCUGGUGGUCCAUACAUUACAACCUCGUAUGACUAUGAUGCUCCCCUUGAUGAAUUUGGAAACAUUGCUCAGCCAAAAUGGGGCCAUCUCAAGAAGCUUCACGAAGUUUUGAAAUCAAUUGAGAAAAACCUUGUCUAUGGCAAUGUCAGCGAAACUGAUCUUGGUAAUUCUGUCAAGGCCACUGUGUAUGCUACAAAUGGAUCAUCAAGUGUGUUCUUGAGCAAUAGCAACACUACUACUGAUGCAACUUUCACAUUCAAUGGAAAGCAAUAUACAGUUCCUGCUUGGUCUGUUAGCAUUCUUCCAGACGGUGAAACUGAAGAGUAUAACACCGCAAAGAUUAACGUUCAAACCUCUGUGAAUGAACAUUGGGAAAAUGAAGCUGAGAAGCAACCAGAAUCAUUGAAGUGGGUUUGGAGGCCUGAGAAUAUUCAUGAUGCUCUUAAAGGCAAAUCUCAUUCUUCUGCAAAUAAACUCAUUGAUCAGAAGGAAGUCACUAAUGAUGUUAGUGACUACCUUUGGUACAUCACAAACCUUCAUCUUGACAAAGAUGAUCCUAUUUGGAGCGAUGAUAUGUCUCUUAGAAUUAAUGCAAGUGGCCAAGUCAUUUAUGCGUAUGUCAAUGGACAGCAUAUUGGAACUCACUGGGCUAAAUAUGGCGUUCUUUAUAAUGAUGAGGUUGAAUAUAAGAUCAAGUUGAAAACAGGAAAGAAUGUGAUCAGUUUGCUCAGUGUCACUACUGGACUACAAAAUUAUGGAUCCUUCUUUGACACGUGGCAUACCGGUCUAGUUGGACCAAUUGAGGUGGUUGGUAAAAAGGGUGACGAGACAAUUAUUAAAGACUUGACUUCUCACAAGUGGUUCCAUAGGAUUGGAUUAGAUGGUUGGGAUAAGAAAUUUUUUAGCGAAGAGUCAAGCUCUAGUGCCAAAUGGGCAUCAGACCAAUUACCCACAAACAGAAGCUUCACUUGGUACAAGACUACGUUCAAAGCUCCUCUUGGAAAAGAUCCAGUGGUGGUGGAUUUGGAAGGACUUGGUAAAGGAUUUGCUUGGAUAAAUGGUAAUAACAUUGGUCGCUAUUGGCCUACUUACUUGGCUUCAGAAGAUGGCUGUAGUGAUGAACCUUGUGAUUAUCGUGGUGAAUAUUCUUCAACGAAAUGUAUUUACAAUUGCGGAAAGCCAACCCAAAAAUGGUAUCACGUUCCUCGAUCUUUCCUUAGAGACGGUGACAACACAUUGGUUUUGCUCGAAGAGAUGGGUGGAAAUCCGUCAUAUGUAAAUUUUAGAACAGUUAGUGUUGGAACUGCUUGUGGAAAUGCCUAUGAGAAUCACAGUUUGGAACUAUCUUGCCAAAGUCGUUCAAUUUCAGCCAUUAAAUUUGCAAGUUUUGGAAAUCCUCAAGGCACAUGUGGUUCAUUCUAUAAAGGAACCUGUGAAAGCAACAAUGAUGCUUUGUCCAUUAUAGAAAAGGCAUGUGUGGGUAAGCAGACCUGCUCUAUUGAUAUUUCAGAGAGGACAUUUGGCUCAACAAAUUGUGGAAAUAUUACCAAGAGGCUUGCCGUGGAGGCCGUUUGUUAG